AUGUUCCAGAUCCAGGAUCGAACGGAUAGCGAAGUCAGCAGUCCCGUGCGUGCAUCAGUGCCAGCGGCCUGGAACAAGUUGCUGGAUGCGACGCUGGGUUCGAAGGAAGAGAAGGAGGAUCCAAUGCAGAGUCACGACUUGGCAUCCACGCUGCCGCCCAAUGCCAUGCGAAAUUUGGCCGUGAGGUUCCAAGAGAUGCAGGUGGAGCCGGCCGAGCCAGCACGCACUGUGGAAAAUCCCUCCGAGGUCGUGAAGCCCUUUUUGUCGAAGGUCAUGGCCAAUGCCAUCA